UGGCGUGGCAGCGGCUGUGUCGUCACGCUGUCGGCGUGUUGUCUUACGGGAGUAUCAGUUACCUGCGCCAGAGUGCGUGCGUGUUCCCGCGGGCUGCCGUGCGCCGGUCGAGAGGAUCCAGGUGGAGUUUAGAAACCGGAGAGACAUGGACGAGGAGGCUCAGGACAGCGAGUGCCCGGUGUGUUACGAGAGUCUUUCGGACAGCACCAGGACGCUCAGCUGCGGGCAUCACUUCUGCCACGACUGCUUAGUACGAACCCUGCUCAACACCGGCCUGAACGGAUCCAUUAAACGGGACAACAUCAUCUGCCCGGUCUGCAGGCAUCUGACCUUCAUCACAAAGCUCCACGGGUUCACGACGGUUGAAGCCAAAAGGAUCGGAAAGACACUGGAAGUGCCGCCUCUGCCCUCCCCUGUGUUCCCCGUCGGGUCUCACCCUGGAGCCCUCUGCUGUAUCUGCAGGUGUGUGAGGAGCAUUUCAUGCAGACUGUGCAGACGGAGACUCGUCUGUCCCAAGGACGCUUCAGAAGUGUUUAUCAUCAGCGAGCUGGGUCGACCCAUGACCGAAGGUGAUGUUAUUGACAUUGGGACGACUUCAGCCAUGCAGCAGGACUACAGCAGCAGUGAACAGAGGGUUUGCACCAUCUCCUGCUGCCUUCUGAUCCUAAUGAUCACUUUCACCUUACUGGCUCUGGUGGCCGCCACACUUCCUUGGGUUUUGCUGGCUUAAAGCGUCCGGAACCGCUUGCAUAUGCGGUACCUCAUAAGAUAAAUCACUUUUAAGAGCAGAAUGUAUCAUACCUUUGCAUGCGUUACCGAAAACAAGCUUUCACAAUGAAUGUUUUAUGAAGAACAGGCGGUUAUUGUCAGAUCUUUUCCAAAGCUUGUCUUGUGAAUGUCUUGAGGGGAGGCAUACGGCGGUGGUUUCCUUACAAAACAGUCAUAUAUAUAUAUAUAUAUAGUGUCACUCUAAACCGAGGUUUUGUCGGAUCUGAACGCACUCGGAGCUGUUAGCAAAAACAAGUUGAUCUUGAGUUACUGUGAGGAGACUGGGUCAUUUGAACGUGAGGAAGAAAAGAUGAGCUGGUCGUCUGGUUGUCACUUGAUCUUGUAGGAACAAGGUGGGAUUCGGUUACAAAUACCAUGGACACAGCAAGUUUGAGAAUGGAGGACGGGGAAGGGUGUGAUGAGGCUUGAGCUUCUCUCUACGGCUUGCAUUGCCUGAAAGGAAUGAAACACACCCUCGCUUGUCCAGAUAUUCUUGUCGCACGGGCUAGCGAACGUCUUCAGCCAGUUUCAGUCCCGAAAUGACUAAUAUCCCACAUUCUGCGCAAAGUUGACAGUCAUCGCUUGAUCGGAGGGUGUUUCCGUGACGCACCUGUACAGCAAUGCUAUCUCAAUGCACUUCAGAAUCGUAUGUGUAUGUACCAGUUCACCCCGUUGACCCAUGCGCCUUCACCCAGAGGUCAGUUAACGCGACUAUAGAACCCCAGAAAUGUGAAAGGGGUCCAUAUGAAACUACAUGAGCUUUUAUGGGAAAUUUCACAAGGGUUUGAAGUGGACUCUGCUGCUCCAUAGCACUGACCGACAGAAAGCUGCUUCGUUUAAAAGAGACUUCUGUAUUUCACAGGAAUGGCGCUAAUGUGACCAAGUAUAGAGCUAAUAGGUGAAUAUGAAUUACACAGCCCAUUUCAUUUGGUUUCAGAUCAAGGAUUAAAUGAAAAAAAAAAACUAACUUGAGUUCAUAAUAAAAUAUCUGACUUAUCUGAUGUAUACAGUAGAGUAUUCAGUGUUUUGCUGAUUUAUAAUUUCAAUCUAUAAAAUGAAUGUGGAUAAUCCUCCUAUGAUCAACAUUUGAAAUGACUGGGUUUAUAUUUGAGGUAAUCGCCAGACUUCAGUUUCCAACAUCUAGCUUAAACUCGUAAACCCGUCCUCUUUUCCGUCACUUCAGGAUGCAGACAUUUUCAUCGCAGCGACAAUACACAAGAAAACAAAAGCACUUAGACCGAAAGUAUUACAAAUGUAGAGUUUAAUAUAUAUCUAUGUAUUUCUGACAUUCUGAUAAGGACUGCGGCAGGCUUCACAGUACAGACUGUGUUCUUCCACUGAUAUGCUAAGCUGAGGAGGGUGAUUUACAGGCAGAUUUGUACAUUAGUUCGGUAAGCAGGGGGUGAAGAGGGCUGUACAUUGUUGGACAAUGUGCACCGAUCAACCUAUCACCUUUGAGUCACCCGUUCACACAUCCCUGGCUCAUCGUCGACUCCCUUGUUAUCCGGUAAUGUUUUAAUGAACGCACAUGUGAUUUUCUAAAGGGAAUUAUUAAACGCAUGCUCUGUCACUCCAGAUUGCUGGUUUUCACAGGAUGAUGUAAAUGGGCGAUACAGCAACCUAAACGUUCAAAACAGAAAAGAUGAGAAAUCUUCGUGUUUGUCACUGCUAUUACUUUGCGGCUUCUUUGUAUGAUUCGUUCUUUCUGAACAUAUCGUUUCAUGUUGAAAAUGUCAGAUAAAUUAAGAAAUAAAUGUAUCGGUACAAAUUACGUCCUCGUAAUGGGUGCAUUAGACGACUGUUUUAUUUAACAAAUGCCAUUUUGAAAAGAACAUUUGCACCGUAAUUGCACUAUAACGGCAUUGUUUUCUCGAUUCAAGCUAGUAAUAAGAGAAAUUUCUAAAUCAAACCUGUUCGACUCAUUAGUAGGCCCGUGUGGAAUCUGUGCCUGCAGAUAUCUUUGCUGAUUUUUGCCUUUUACACGUUGGUUUCGCAUAAAUUUGGACUUGAUAUGAUAAUGCUCAGUAAGAAUUGAACACAUUUUCCAUUUAAAUUCUGUACUGAUUUCUGAUUACACGAAAUGCAAUGAAAAGCAUCACUACAACCGGUCCAGGUCAGGGCAUUUCACUCCAAAAUCGAAGGCGAAAAAAAUGACCUAAAAUAAAAAUUGCAAUACUUUGUGACUAUCAAGAUUUUUUUUUUGCAUUUUGGCAUUACAUUAUAAAUUCCCGUUAUACAAAUAUUUUAUUUGCACAUACUAAUGUGAUAGGACAGGCACGAUUGAAAUAUAUUACAGAAUUUUGAAAUGCUAUUAAUGACAUUUGGGAAAUGACAUUGUGCUUAAUCAUCAUGAGAAUCUUCGUUUAAAACCAAUCGAAGCUUCCCGUUCUUUAAAUAAAACGCAAGUUCUUGAUUGUUUCUUCUGAUUUUGGGGUGAAGCGUGACCUCUGCGGAUUCUGCGUGGGUGAAAUCAUAAUUUAAAAUUACAUAUGUACAAUUCACCAGGUUUAAAAAGUUCCAUCAUGGCUAUUGCGCCCAUUCUGUUUCGAACAAUUUCUUGGAACAUACUGGAUAUAAAUACUAAACAUCAUCACCUGUAAAUUAAUAUGUGAAUCUGAUUUGCAAAUCGCACACCUGUGUCUUUUCACCUUUGAAAAGCGCGUGAUAACAGAACCGGAAUGAGAAUGCAUGUACAUAUUGUAUAAAACCCUCCCACGUCUUCAUUACCAACAACAUAAGCAUUCAUUAUGAGCGCUAACAGAGAAAGAUGAGCAUAAAGGAAAUAAACCAUGCGUCUAUUGCAGCUGCUAUAAGGCCUUUACUCUACUAGUGCACUUCCAAGUAAAGGCGAAAUCACAUUCAGUCAGCACACUCGAACAGACACGACUGCCUCCUCAAAGAACACCGCGGGAAACGGCACAGACAGAACCUCACGUACACACGAAACUCGCCGUUAGCUUCAGGUUAUAAAUACUGAAUGUGAGGGCACUUGCAAUUAUCAUUGUGUAAUCACUACAACUAUAACUCAGUCACCAAUAAUCAUUAGACUAUAUUUCAUCAAGAACACACACUGAGGCAUAUCACAGAUUUCAGCAAAAAAAAAAAAAAAAAAAAAAAAAAAUAUCUUUUGUCCCUGACGUACACUAAUGCUUAUUCAAAGAGAGAAAUACAAGCCAUGGCUAUCCAUCGUUGGAAGUAGAGUCCUUCGUUUGAGAAUGGAGACGGUUCGCUGCGCCCGUUCCUUCCUCGGGACGGAAGUGAGCUAAUGUUUGAUUGACCUUAAUAAAUCCUGCGCUUUUUGUACAAGUUCAGACAAGAGAAAUUGCAGCAUCCAGUAGUCUCGUAGUGUUGUAUACCCAUGAAAAAAAAAAAAAACGUGCCAUAUCAGGCAUCAGAUUAUGUGUCUGGGGAAAAGCAAUGAGACUUUGAAGGAUAUUUAGGGCCUGGUAUCUUUGAGAUGAUAUUUCGAAAUGAUCCCUGCCAAGUUACAAAAUCAGUAUUUUUCCGUUGAUUUUAUGGCGAGAUAUGCUAUACAGUGGCCCUAAAAAGUACGCGGACAUAUAGUUCAUGUGAUGAAUGACAUCGGUGAGGAAACGACCUCAUACAUCCACUAGUUGACACUAAAAUUAAUUGGACGAAAUCGUUAGUUUAUUUUGCAGAUUUCACACAUCACUGCUUUUUAGGGCCAUUGCAGUUUCAUUGAUAUAAUCUACCAGUUUUUAUACAAGAGUAAGACUGAACCGAUGGUGUACGAUUAGUGUGAUCUGUCGACUUUAUAUAUUUUUUAAUAAUAGUACUGUAUGUAGCUAUACAGUUGAUUUAUGCUGUUGAUUAAGGCUGUUAUUGAUGAGGUCGGUUUAGGGAUAAAAUCUCUCUCGGGAGAAACUCUACCUAAACUUCUGCCACGUCUGCAUUCAUAUUUCUACAUCUAGUUCAUGGCUUACAAAAGUGCAAAAAACUCACUUGCUAUGUGAACCUGACAAAAAGUGUUCAGGGACAAAAUAAUACUUAGAACAUUAUUUCUAUACAAGAUAAAUAUGGCAUGUCACAUUUAUGAAUAUAUAAUUCAUAUUUGCCUUUACAUUUGUCCUCUCGUUGACACUUAUCUACACAUCUUUAUGUACAGUAUCGGUAUAUACAGAAGGGAAAGUGUGGCACUGCGUUUGAAGCACUUUGGAGGGCAUAUGAGUGCGGAAAGACAACAGAAAACGCAAGGCAGUGCAUUGGAACAGAACCAGUGGCUGAUCUCAGUAGUGGCUGCCAAAAGUGUUUUAUGAAACAUUUGCAGGAAAGUGUUUGCAGUGACCCAUUUUAGCACAAGCAAUGUUUCUGUUUUGCAGGUAAAGGGUGAGGAAUAGAGAUUUCCAGGGUUCCCACACCUUCUGAUUGAUGGAUUUCCAUGAAUAGAUUUCCAGUAUAAUGUUUUUUCAAAUAUGCAAAACAAAAAUAAAAAUACUUCAGAACAGAAAAAAUACAGACUACAGAAAAUUCCUUGAUUUGUUAGAGGGAUUUUACAUGACUGUGGGAACCCUGGAUUUCCUACCUUGCUUCCAUGUACUGCAUAAUUGUAUUGGCUCUUUAAGGAAAUACACUUUACUGCAGCGGUUGUAACCGUGUUACUGUAUUAUGUGCGUUUCAGAAAGUUCUUAUAAUAUUCUGCCAAAGAUAAACGCACAUAUUAAUCAAAAUGUUACAAUUUGCAAAUUGAUUGACUCCCUGCUAAGCCCCGUCCCCUCAGUUAACUCGGACAAACUUGACUAAACGCACAGCAGGAAUGAAUUGGACAUUUCAGUUUACCAUUUUACAUCAUCAGGACACAUUAUUCAGUUCACUUCAUGAUAUUCUAAACUUCUAAGUUUUGGAACUCUUUUUUGUGAGGCAGACACUUUUAUCCAAAGCAACUUGUAUUUAGCCCAGCAGGCACAGAGCAUUAAUAUAAAGUUAGGUUGAUGUUGGACAUGAUGUUGAAAGACGUGGCAAUUUGGUUGAGAAUAAAAAUCAGGCUGACA